CGGGACUUCAGCAGGCGGGACUUGAAGGCUGCUGGGCUCUUGCCCGGCGCUUCCGGUUUGCCUGCGAUCCGAUUGGUCGCCUGCUUCCAGCGGGAAGGGAACGAUGGAGCUGCGGGCGGAACUCACCGAUCGGAAUGGGCUGAGGUGGCCGUUGCGGGUUCGCUGCGAGCCUCAGGGAGAGCUGCGGAGCCUCGUCGCCGGCCUGGCUCAGCUGCGAGAGCAAGUGAGCGCGCUGCUGGGCCCUCUGGUGGAGCAGGAGAGUGCUUCUGGCGAUCGCGCUGGCCGGCGAGGUGAUGAAGAAGAUGAAGAUGACCAGGAUGAAGAUGAGGAAGAAAAUCAAGUUAAUGUCAAAGCAUGCCCUAGUGGACCACCAUUAAAACGGACAAAAACAAACUCCUCAUAAAAACAUCUUUUUUAAAGCAUUUGAAUUUUAUUCUACAGACAACUUUUCCUACAGGAUAUAUGCUGGGUUUUUUCUGUUAGAAACACUGGCCUUUUAAUUAUUUCUGUUACUAAUUAUGAAAGAGAAGAUACCAGUUUAUCAUUUGAAAUUAAAAAAUGGUUUGAAAUAAAA